AUUAUUAUUUUUUUCAUAUGAAAAUUAUUGUUAUUAUUAUUAUUAAUAUUAAUGUUUAUAAAAGGACACGUAAUUGUGCUGCCCUUCUAUAUAUUUAAGUCUUGCUCCCUCACCUUCUUCUAAUUCACCAACUACACUUGAUAAAAAAAUCUCUUUCUUUCUCUAUAUCUUCUCUCUGCUAGAAAUAAGAAACAAUGGAGACUAUGAACAACCUGGUUACUAAAGAUACUAGCUGGUGGGUGUUUACUUUGCCUGCCUUUCUAGGCUCGGAAACCCUUCUUGACGGCUACGUUUUGCUCUCUUUCGGCCUCGCUUUUCUCACGGCUGGGCUCCUAACGUGGGCUUUCACACCCGGCGGCCUUGCAUGGAAGAACGGGAGGAACCAAAGAGGCCUUACCUCCAUUCCGGGACCCCGUGGAUUACCUAUUUUCGGGAGCCUUUUCACACUCAGCCGUGGCUUAGCUCAUCGCACCUUGGCUUACAUGGCUUGGAGUCGAGCCAACAUUAAGCUUUUGGCUCUCAGCCUAGGCUCCACCCCGAUCGUGGUGGCUUUUGAUCCUCAUACCGCCAGAGAAAUUCUGACCUCUCCUCAUUUCGCUGACCGGCCACUGAAGCAGUCAGCUAAGAGUCUUAUGUUCGGGCGAGCCAUCGGCUUCGCUCCUAACGGGACUUAUUGGAGACUCCUAAGGAGGAUCGCUUCAACGCACCUCUUCUCUCCCAGGCGUAUUUUAGCCCAUGAACCCGGUCGUAAGCUAGAAUGCGCCGCCAUGCUGCGUAACAUAGCAGACGAGCAAAAGAAAAAUGGUGUCGUCUCCUUAAGGAAGCACCUCCAAGCUGCUUCCCUUAACAACAUCAUGGGAAGUGUGUUUGGUAAAAGAUAUGAUCCUAACAUAGACAGCGAAGAGCUAAGUGAGCUUCAGGAUAUGGUAAGGGAAGGAUUCGAUCUAUUGGGUGCUUUCAACUGGACUGACCAUCUUCCAUGGCUCAGUUAUUUCUACGACCCUUUUCGUAUUGUUGAAAGAUGCUCUAAACUCGUUCCCCGAGUUAGGAAACUCGUCCGAGUCAUCAUCGAAGAACACCGACGCCGUAAAAAUGAUAACAAUCCCGGUGAGCUUCAAGAUCAUGGCGAUUUUGUUGAUGUAUUGCUCUCUUUGGAUGGGGAUGAGAAGCUUCAAGAGGAUGACAUGAUCGCUGUGCUGUGGGAAAUGAUUUUUAGAGGAACAGAUACGACAGCUUUAUUGACUGAGUGGGUGUUAGCCGAGUUGAUUCUAAACCCUGAUAAACAAGAAAAGCUGCGAAGAGAAAUUAACGCCGCCUUUGGUGACGGAAGAGCUGUGACAGACGCCGAGUUGAGCAGCUUGCCUUACUUACAGUCGGUGGUUAAGGAAACCUUAAGGGUGCACCCUCCAGGCCCACUACUCUCCUGGGCCAGGCUGUCCACAUCGGAUGUCCAGCUCAGCAACGGCAUGCUCAUCCCAGCCAACACCGUAGCCAUGGUCAACAUGUGGGCCAUCACCCACGACCCGCACGUGUGGGAGGAUCCACUUGUCUUUAGACCCGAAAGGUUCAUGGAGAGCGAGGGCGGUGCUGACGUGGACGUCCGCGGCUGCGAUCUCCGUCUGGCCCCUUUUGGGGCGGGUCGCCGGGUUUGUCCGGGGAAGAAUCUGGGUCUGGUGACCGUUACCCUAUGGGUGGCAAAUCUAGUUCGCCAUUUCAAGUGGGCCCAGGACCCGAUCAAGCCUGUUGAUCUCGAUGAGGUUCUGAAGCUGUCUUGUGAAAUGAAGCGUCCACUGCAUGGCGUGGCUCUUGGAGUUUGAGUAGGAAUGUGUGGUGUGUGGUUUUGUUAAUUAAUGCAUGAAUUAUAAUUUGGCUUGAGUCGUUUCUCUAUAUUAAUUAUUAUUAAUGGAUUAUGAUAUUAAAUAAUAUUAUAUAUUAGGGAUUUAAUAUGGAAGCCAUGUAUAUUUUAUUAGUAUACUAGGUUCCUUGUUUAGUAAUUCCUUAUUAAUUAUAUAUUUUUUAUCUUUUUAAGAUUGUAAUGGGCUGUUUGUUUGUUUAGGUUUAGGUGGUAGGUACGAAUAGCAUGGUUCAUUGGUUUGGCCAUGCUCUAAUCAAUGUCAGAUAGAGAGCUAAGUCUCCAGUUUUGGUAACGGCUUUUGUUUGGAGAGCUCUCCCUUGUCAUUUGCAUUUUGUGAAUCAUGAUAUUUUAGUGUUAAUGUUUGCGUGUAAUAUGUUCAAUCCAAUAUCUUAUAUUAAACGUUUGCAA